CAGAUGUUUCUGCAGAGCUACCGCAACACGGCUCACGCCACAACGAACGAGUCACCCGCCAAUUUGUUUUUGGGACAACGUUUGCGCAGUCGCCUAGACGUUGUAAAGCCUUCUGUGGGGGAAAGGGUAGCCCACAAACAGUUCAUGCAAACUGCAAGCCGGCGUGGGCACGAUCGUGACUUUGCCGUUGGUGAUCAUGUGCUCAUCCGUAACUACUGUGGCAAACCCAAGUGGGUGCCUGGAGUGAUUCUUGCGCAGCAUGGCCCUGUUUCCUAUCAAGUACGCGCCACCACCUCCACAGGCAGCUUCACCUGGCGUCGGCACAAGGACCAGCUGCUAAGAACUCCAAGCCUUGCCGACGAGGACGCUGACCAGGAAGGCACAGAGUUCCUGUUGGUUCAACCGAGCGACAACGCAACCCAACCAUCGUCCUCGUCACCUACUGGCGGAACUGUCCCAGCCGAAGCAGCACAAGCGCCUGCUGCCCGACGGUAUCCGGCAAAAACCCGGAAACCUCCCGAAAGAUUUCAAGCCGGAUCUUAA